UUCUCGGCGCCAUUUCGCGCUGUCGCUCCGGCUACGGCUUGGUGGCGGCGCUUGCUCCUCCCGGUGUGGCGGAGAACGGUACCGUGUUCAAGCUGGAAGCGCGGGUUUGUUUCUCACUCCUCCUUUCCAGUGAACGAAGCCGAUAAUGGGCCUCGGGGAACAGGCUGUACCUCCUCUCCACAGUCCCUGGAGCAAGGGAGACUCCGACCUUUCUGCGGCAGAAAGGCCCGAAAGGAAUCCGUGAGAGAUGGGGAGAUUUCCUGAAUUCUACCCCGUUUGUACUCGGGGGGAGGGGAGAUGUGGGCUCGGACGCAGAUUAAAUUCCCCCUUCCCAGAUAAUUUACCCCACCCCCGGCAGUGAAAUAUUCUCCGCACUUAAUAUUCCCGCACCUGUCCUGUCUCCUCACUGAGAGAGAUUGACAGUUUCCAGCUGGGAACUCGUUCCUCCGCUUGAGAUUUUACCUAAACCCAUUUAUCGUGGGAUUCUUGCAGAGGAAAGAGAUUUUCAUCCCACCAGCCGCGACUGGAUUUGAACCAGAUCUGAGAAGUGAAAGGCUAGUGUCGCUAAACUCUCGUCGCUUUUUUUAAACUUGGACGUUUGAUUUUUUAAAAACUGUCCUUUGAAAUUAUGGGGACUGUUGUUGUCCUGGCUGUGUUGCUUUGUCAUAAGACAGAGAUCCUUCCUUUAUGUCUGUGCAGCCUUUAAUUAUCUGUCACGUAUUUUGAAGUUAACAGUUUUUGUUGGUGUUAUGUUGUUCCUGGACAUGGUUUUGUCAGAAUUUUAAAUCUUUUUUGGUUUUUUUAUUAAAUCAGAAAACGUGACAAUAUGGAUCGACAGUUCAACACCAGUAGGGGAUCAUCUAGUAGUGGAGUCUUUAAACGAAAAGCAAGUGAUGCACAAGAGACUGAGAUUAAAUUACUGAGGACGGAUACUGAUAAACAAUGCAUUUCACACACAAACAAUGAGGACAAUUGUGAACUUGUCCUUCCUGUACAGCCAGACUAUUAUGACAAGAGCUUUCCUGAUUACAGGCAGCCGGUUGAGAUUGGCUGUUUCUCAUUAGAUUCACAUCGCCAACUCUACAAUGAUGCCAGGCAGCUAAAAUACUGCGUGAAACCCAUCAACAAGAAUCCAAAUUUCAAUCUGCGGGAUGGUUACAAAGACAGAUACAUAAAAAGGAACGAUAACAUUAAGGAAAAGCUGGACCAUAUCCUGAAGUGGAUACUACUGAACAAACACAAAUUUCCUAUGCUGUCUGGGGAUGAUAAACCACCUGCUUUGUCAAAUCAGCUACAUACCGACUUCAUCACCUGGAGAGGGCAUCUGACUAAAAUUCUAACCACCCCUUAUGAGAACCGGGAGGGCUGGCUGUUGGCAGUGACUCGAUUUAAUGGAACCUAUUACAUGAGUGAGGUAGAGACAGAGGAAGCCAAACGGCAGAGAGAGCAGAGGACUGAAAUGCAGGAGGAAUUGAUGUAUGGAGGAUACAAGUUUGAGCAGUAUUUAUGUGCCGAUAAACCAGGUGGGAAUCCUAAUCCAGCAGGUGUGGUAAACACCAACGAAGCAUAUUGUUGUGUGGUUCGAACUCGGCUGAACGGCCACUCACUCGUAUUUUCCGGUGAGGUGGACUGCAAAGAUGAUUCUGACCCGAGGUUAAAGGCCCCACAGUGUUAUGUGGAGCUAAAAACAAGCAGGGAGAUUUACAGUCCAAACCAAGAGAGGAAUUUUCACAGAUUUAAAUUGAUCAAAUGGUGGGCACAGUCCUUUUUACCUGGAGUACCUCGGAUAAUCGCAGGCUUUAGAGAUGAUAAUGGAGUGGUUGUUUCACUUCAGUCUUUCGAAACAAUGAAGAUUCAUCACCUUGUCAAGAAUGAACAGAAUUGCUGGAAGCCUGCAGUGUGUCUAAAUUUCUGCAACGCUUUUCUGUCCUUUGUGAAGAAGGUGGUGACCCAAGAUGAUCCCCGGAUGGUGACCCUUUUCUCCUGGGAGCCUGGUAAAGAUAUUUCGUAUACAGUGCACACAGAUCACACUUACACUUUCAUACCAGACUGGUAUGUGGAUAGUAUGAUUGUACAGGAAGGUAACUAGAGCACUGUGGUUGAAAAAACAAUUCCAUCACCUGAUUCAGUAUCAAAGGAUAUGUAAUGCUGAACUUCUGUCCUUUAAUUGACAGUUCUAUACAAAGUGACACUUCAAAAAUGUACAUAGUCUUCAUAAUAAAAGUUUUAAAAUACACAUAA